CUAUUAUAGAUUAAAUUUAUCAUCGAUUCAUUUUGAGCAAUUACAAUAGGUUUGAAAUACAGUUCUCUGAAGUGCAAGAGAAAUAGAUAAUGAUAAAUAGUGCUGAUGAUUAUUAAUAAUAAUACUGAAAAUUCGUAUUAUUUUUGUGGUUUAGUUGAGGUAUGGCUGAUAACCACAAAAUCUCAACCAGCCGCACCCCCAGAACAAAUAGCCAUACCCACAGUACAACUAACUGAAGUGAGUGCUAAAGUGUGAUAAUAAUGACACACAAUGAAAAGAGAACCUCUUGGUGGAGAGAAGGACUAAUAGGUCUAGGGGUAGGUGUACUGUAUGGUACUACCAGUGUAGCUGUGGGCCAUCCCUUUGACACCAUCAAGACAAAGAUGCAGGCUCAGAAAGGUUUUGAGUCAUCAAGUAUGUACUCCUCCUUCAUAAAGACACUCCAGACUCAGGGAAUACGUGGGCUGUAUAAAGGCUGUCUGCCACCUUUGAUGGGCUCUGGUAUAUUCAGAUCAGCUCAGUUUGCUGUGUUUGAGGGGGUCUACACUUACCUUGACAAAUAUGACACGUUUGGUAAAAGAGAGAUUCAUUUUACUUGUGGGCUACAGCAUCGUGUCGUCAUUGGAGGACUCUGCGGCUCCACAGUCCGUGCUAUUAUAGAGACUCCACUUGAAUAUGCCAAGAUAAGACGACAGACCCAGCAAGAAUGGAGACUAGGACAAGUUUAUAAAGGAUUUGGGGUCACCUGGCUGAGAACAGUCGGACUAAUGUGUACCUACUUCAUCAUCAUCGACCACAAUAGGAGGAGGAACCCUCACCUCUUCAAUAUUCCUAUCCUCGGACCUUUCAUUGUCUCCGGAUUCGCAGCAACUUUUGCUUGGUGGGUAGUCUGGCCAUUCGAAUACAUGAAAUCACAGAUUCAAGGAGGCUAUGGCAAUAAAGACUUAUCAUUGAUACAGAGAAUGCGAUUGGUCGUUAAAGAAAGAGGAGGUGUGGUUGGUCUGUACAGAGGAAUAGUACCAGGAACUAUUAGGAGCUUCUUAGCUAAUGGAACUAGUAUGAUCGUCAUGGCAACGGCACAGCGUAAAGUGACAGAGUGGGGGCUGAGAAGAGAAAACUAGUUAUUCAAUAGUUAUUAAUAUUUUAUUAUUAUUUUUGUAAUAAUCAAACAAACUUGA